AUGGAUCAAAACUCUCUUCGAUUACGCACUCUUUUAAUUGAUAUUGGCGAUAAAUUAUCCCAUGAUGAUCGCGCCACGCUUGGUUUUCUUCUAGCCAAUGAUGUACCACGUCGUGAUCUUGAUACUAUUGCACGAGAUAAUAGAACAUCGAUGAAUAUUAUAUGGGAAACAUUAAUCAAUCGCCAGAAGAUAACUCCUGAAAACGUAGAUUAUCUUAUUCUUCGUCUUGAAAACAUUCGACGAAUGGAUUUAGUUCGCCAAUUGAAACAAUAUUCAUCAACAGUAAAAUUUGAGAACCCGGUAGUAAAAUCAACUACUUCUUCAGAUUUAUUUAAUCGUAUCGAUCCAUAG